GUAUCACAGAAGGCGUCGUGGGGAGAGGGUGUGUGCGCUGCGUCUCUCUCGCCCGGCUCACUCGCUCGGUGCUCCAACAGUGAGGUUAAAAAGACUGCGAGAAAAAUAUAUGGUGAAAUAAAGAAGAGAGUGAACUGUGACAAAGAAGAAACUGCUAUAGUGUUAAAAGCGUGGGAUGGUGAGGGCGUGCAUCGGCGUGGGCGUGGGCGUGGCGGCGGGAUGGUGGUGGUGAGGGCCGCGGCUGGUGGUGAGGCCGCGGCUCUGGUGGUGAUCACUAUCCUCGGUGUGAUAGGAAAUGCUGUGGUGGUAGUGACCUUACUACGCCGCUCCCUUCUGCACCAUCCUUCCAAUAGACUUGUGCUGAGCCUCACAGCAAGCAACCUUCUGCUGACACUAGUGGUGCUGCCCGUCUUGGUGGCAUCAGUGGUGCUGGGGCCGCCCUACCUUGACCCCAGCUCACCACCACGCACCACCUUCCUAGUCCUCGCCUCCCAGAACACCCUCCCUCGCGAAUGCCACCGAGCAGGGCGUCGCCGCCUUUGAGACUGGAGCGAAAUGUGGCGUCAGAGGGAGUCACGAGUCAUGAUGUUGAGCCACAGCCUGUCUGGGAGUCACUCGAAGGGGAACAGGACCUGGCGGAGUCGUGGAUGGGUCCUGAUAACGCCUCGAGAGGCCUGGAGGAGGAGGAGAUGAUGGCGGUUCAGGGAAGAGCGGGGCCUGCCUGGGAUGGCGGCGGUGGUGGUGUAGGAUCCGCCGCCUUGUGCCAGGGAGCCGCCUUCAUUGCUAACCUUGUCACCGCUGCCUCUGCUAUCACUGUGGCUAUCAUUGCCCUAGACCGGUAUCUGGCCAUUGUGCGGCCCAUGGUGUAUGGUGUGACAGUGACCGGGAACAGGUGUCUGGUGCUGCUGGCGUGGGUGCUGGGUCCAGGCUGCCCUCACCGCCCUGCCUCCACUGCUGGGAUGGGCAAGGUAUGAGCAUCACGGGCCAGAGGGGCGGUGUGGGGUGGCGUGGGACAGCUCCCCUUCCUACACAAGCAUCUGGGUGCUGAGUGUGUUCGUUGUACCUAUUGUCAUCAUGCUCAUCUGCUACUACUUCAUUCUACAGGUUGCAAGAAACAAAUGUCGUCGUAUACACGUUGGCACUGUGCUGGGCUCUAGGGGCUCCACCAUCACCCCAGAUGCCUCCUCUGUGUGUGUGGAGGUCCCGGCACCACCCAGCAGUACCAGCCUGGAAGUGCCCCAAGGAAAUGGCACCACACUGCCACACGAACUGAGCCUCCCCAGGGCAAAUGGACACAUGAUGGGGAAUGGCAGGGGGCCAGAUGCAGGGCUGAAGGCACCUGGGAAUGGCCCAGAUGCCCCAUCCUUGCCGGUUCCCACACUGCUGGUGUCUGGUUUGGAGGUUCCGAAGGGAGGCCCAAUAAUUCCUAAUCGAAGCCGUAGUGUAAAUGGAGUAAAUAGGGUCACUGAGGUCGGUGGUGCCACUCUGGUGCCAAAAAGGAGGCUGGCAGAAUGUGGCCGUUCACUGUCAUUCAGUCAACAGCGGUCUCAGCUGGUGCGGCCAUGCCUCCGCCGAGCACAGAGCAACAUCUCCAUGCGGCCAUCCACUAUCAGGAAGAAGCUGAGCAUUGGUGGCCGCAAGCCCUCCUGGAGCUGGGAGGCAUCACCUGCCAAAGGCUUCAGGACAGUGUGUGUGGUGGUUGGAACACACGUGUUCUCCUGGGCACCCUACACGGCCCUGGCAGUGGUGGAGGCGGUGCUGGGGCCGCAGCGGACUGAUCUCAUUCCUCAUUGGGCCACUGUCACCUCCACGCUGCUCCUGUUCACUGCCAGCGUGUUCUACCCAAUUGUGUAUGGCCUGUACAACCGCAGCAUCAGGAAGGAGGUGCUGGCAUGCGUGUGUCCCAGCAGCAGCCGGGCACGCAGGAGGAGCUGCCACCGCCAUGCCUCCACCCUCAACUCUAACACAGGAAGUGUCCUGGACUUCUCAUCUCUCCGCCAACGGGACAGUGAUGAGCAGCAGCAGCAGCAGGAGGUUCUUGCUGCAAACACCCUCAACAAAGGGUGCAUCCCAGUUCCUAUCAAGACCAUAUCGGGCACCUUGACUCCCCUACCCCCACUCUUGCAGCUCACUGAGUGUGAGGGGCUUCCUCUGCGAGGCUACAACUUCAGUGCCAGGAAGCCGUCACAAGACUCAGAUUGCUGUUUGUAUGAACCUUCUCCAGCACUUGCUAAACGGGAAGUGGAGUCAGGGGCAGUGAUGGGCAGCACAGAUGACACUGACUCUGACCUGGAGGGCACAGUGCCACCUCCACAGCCGCAGCGGCCAGCCCGGAGAGUGUCAGCACCAAGCAUUCUGGACACAGUGUGCGAGGACCCAUUCAUCACCAGAGCGGUGGUGCACAGCAGCAACAUGUGUGGUGGUGGUGGUGGUGGCAGCAGAAGGGGCAGUAGCAGUAGUAACAGUAGCAGUGUGAGCAGGACUUCUCUUAGUGUGUCGAGAAAGCUGCCCAUACUGCCCCUCUCUCCACAACUCCUGCGGGCACGGUACAACCGGAGGCUGCCAAUGUGGCGUUCACACAGCCUUGAAAAGCUGACUAGCUCUGGUGACAGCUGUCAGGAAAGCUUGUUACUGUUGAAGAAGGGAGUCUCGCCCUCACCAAAGACUAAAAAUUUCCUGUCGCCACUCGUGAGAGAGACCCAGUUUGGUGAACUCGCCCGUGAUCGUUCUCAAAGGAGAGGCUCUGCUUCUGCCCGGAAAGUGAUGGCCAUCCCUGAGGACACCGGCAUCUUGGAGUGUCCGGAGAUUUCUGACUCAGGUCGGGGAAGUGUGGACAGCGGGGAGGCAAACAAGAGUCGUGCCAACAGAGAAAUCAGCAUUGAUGAAGGCAUUGGAGCUGAGUGCUUGAUGGAGGAAGACAGUGUGUCUAAUGUAUAGCUAGUAAUAGGGAUCUCCUAGGGAUGAAAGCUUCAACCUGAUUGAAACAAAGUAGAUUAGUGUUCUUGAAAGAAAUAUCAUGACCAUUAAAGAAGUGAUGGAAGCUGCAGGAACAAGACUGUCUCCAAGGGAGUGAUUGGUGUGUGAUCAUGUGGCACUUCCUUAGUUUUAGUUUCCAAGUCAGGACCUCUACCUUGUUUUGUAUGGAAAUGGGGAGUGUGGUGAUAGUGCAGGAAUGGGGAAUGAAACUUUUACAAGUGACAAUGAUAAUUUUUUUCUUGAAGUCUACCAUACAACUGCUACCUCACUUCAGACAUGAAGUGUUGUCAAUAUGCCAAAAAUACAUAAUUAUAGGUUACCAGGAAUCUCUGAUGCUGAGUGAUCCUCUGGAACUUAAAACACUUGUGUGUGUGUCCCUCAGUCAGCACUAGCCAGCCCUUAGUGUAUGCCUGGACAUCAGUGUUGUGUGUGUGCUGGUUAUAUCACCAAGAAGCCACAAAGUGUCAGGCCCAGAGGAACGCCUCAAGAAGUCAAUGUUGUGUUUGAUGUGUGUAUAUAAACAAUCAGUGUCAGGCAUUACUAAAGAAUCAGUGCCAGCAGGUUGUCUUGCUAGUCUGAAUUCAUAGAAUUAAGAUCAUGCCAGUGAAAGUCUUGCACAGGUUGUCUUAUAUUCAGAAUUGUUGUACACUAAAGAGUUUUUGGCCAUAAAGAAUUAGCUUGGGUCAGGACUCUCACUUGCAUUAACUCUCUUCUUUUUUUAUGUUGAAAUCUUGACAUGCAUUCCACCCAACAUUUGGAAGACUGCAGAAGUAUUUCCCUGUAUAGAAAUGAAGAUGUCCACAGUGUGUGCAAGCUGUUAAAGCUGACCACUGAAGUUGACCUGUUAUUGGCAGCAGUAGUGAAAUGGUGUCAUAAUGAUGGUGGCAGCAGCAGUGAGUGGUGAUAUGUGUUAACUGAUGCUGAACUACUUAAGGUUCUGUUUUAUUUUAUUUAUUAUUUUCCUGCCUUCAGGGGUGACCUUACUUACACUGAUGAGAUGGAACUAAAUGCUUAUUCACAGUGGUAACCUCUUAUCAGCAACUCAUUGGUGUCAGAAAGGCAAAUGGAGAAUACCUUGAAACAUUUUUUUUUUGUCUUGGCCACUAAUUUUUACUGAAACAUGAUCUUCCAUUUUUAAAGUCAUCUUGCACAACAUUAGAAAUUUCUGUGAUGAAUUUCAGAUGCAAAGCGUGUCAAAUUUAGUAAGAGCUGGACAUCCCAGAUAUUUGGAAAGUUAGAGAGGUUUAGACCAAAAUGCAUUACUGCAAGGGUGCCUUCACCUUGCAGCACAAACCUUAGUCAUGAUUGUGUAGAUAUUAGCUAUACAGUGAUAUCACGUACAUGGUCUUCCUCACUUUUGGGGUAAUUAAAUACAUAGACUCAUGCUUUUCAUGAUGAGGUUUUCUUUUAGCUUUGACAAUAAGCUUGAUAGAUUAGUUUGUGAAGUAAAAUGUGCAAGAUCAGGAAGCAUAACAAAAUAACAACAGUAUCGAGGGCAUUCUCAUUUUAGUCAGCUUAAUCAAGCCAUAUCUUUUGUGCAUAUUUCUUCCCCAAUACACUAAUUAUACAUGUAUUUUUAAUAAUCUUGUAUGCUUUUCCCUCAACUUCCAGACACGGGUGAACCUUUUCCUAUCCAUCUGUUGUAAACAUUGAUGUGUUUAGGACAAAUACAAAUACAGAAGUAGACAUGACAUUUAAGUUAUAUAUGUGUUAUGACACUUAGGGUACUGUACAGAAUUAUACUUCAGUGUUUUCACAUGUUCUUGUGAUAGCACCCAGUCCCCAGGUAGAGAGCAGCCACCUACAUGUACUUGUAUGUAUGCAGAGCUGGCCACCACAAACAUAGAUACUUUUCUGCAAGUAUUAAUCCACAAACACAAACCAACUUAAGGAAAAUGUAAACUCAACAUCUUUAUUCCUUCCAGUGGUAUAGCAUCAGUUUCAUUUCACACUGAAUAUUACCUGAUGCUUUUGUCAAGUUUAGGAUAUUUUUUCUCAUUCAGUGGACUGAAAAGGAUCUCUAGUUACCGCUCCACAACAAUUCUGUCUUCAUUUAUGCUAUUCAAACUGGCAAUAGCUAACUUUAUGAAGACUUGAAUGUAGCAGAUUACAGAAGUGAUUGUAAAGGUGGCCAGCUCUGCUCAUAUGUACAUUUACCAUUUGUGAUGUGAGGUAGGUGUGUGUAGAAGUCAAAGAAGGCAGUAGUGGGUGCUGUCCAGGCCCUAAUUGCUUCUCUGGACCAAAGAAGGGGAAUAAUGUGAAGGGUGGCAGUGUGGCAGUUGGAUGAGAUGUGUGAGAUGACAUGUGUGGUUUCUGUCCAGUCCUGGUGAAGCAGUGGCAAGAUAUACGUACAGUGAAGCAGUCGAUGACAUGUAUGUUUUAUGAAUGUGUUUUUGUAAUUUCAUGUAUGCACCUUAUUCAUUUUUGUUAUUUAUUUUGGAAAGGAAUGAAGGUAAUAAGCAUUGACAAAACUUGAUGGAAACUUUAUAUAUUUUCAGAGAGAGAGAGAGAGAGAGAGAGAGCAUGUGAGAAUGUCAUAAGUGAUAUGUACCUAAAUCUUGGACAAUAGUAUAUUUCACAAACAUUAUAGCUUUAGUACAGGGGAUGUGAGGGGCUGGGAACUGACAGUGUUGGGGGAAAAUAUAUACAUACCUAAA